AUGCAAAUCGGAGGCGUUACAGCUGAAAGGAAUCCUUUCGUCCUAGUGUUAAUCGACGGCAACGAACUCAUCUUUCGAACCGCUUUCCUCAAUCAGGGCGACCAGGGCGGUCGUCUUGCUGCGCGUGCGCUUUUCCAGGCUAUCAACGAGUACGUCUUUUCGACCAUCGCUGAUCUUUCUGUCGAAGCCAAAAUCGUCGCUCGGGUCUACGUUGAUCUAGAAGAUUUGUGCAGCCUUUGUCUCCGUGCUGGGUUGGUCAACCAUGGCAGCCAAGUCAAGUCAUUUGUUCGUGGCUUUUGCCAGGACAAGCCCCUGUUUGACUUCAUCGACGUUGGCAUGAAAGGCCGAGCCGUUGUAUUCGACAAGAUGGAAGACAACCUGUACAUGAAUAUCUCCAACCCCCACUGCAAGCACAUACUCUUCGGCUGCGCAGACGGCGAGAUUUACGCACCAAUCCUUAGACAGCUCGCCGAGAACUUCCAGACCAAGUCUCGUGUCACCUUGCUCUACGGGACUCAGCCCGAUCAUCGUCUUGUAGCGCUGCGUCUUGCAGAGACUCCAGUGGGCAACAUUUUCCGCGAUACCAAAGUAGACACACCCGUUUCGGUUGACCAGAAUCCAGAGAUAAGCCUAAUUCCAGCGCUCCUCAGAGAUUCUAUCUCUCCACCUCCGUCGUCAUCGUCUCCUGCAACGACAUCGUAUUCUGGUUCACGUACAGCGACGGGGAUUGCGCAUCCUGCUGUAGUCAAAUCGCACAGCCGUAGAGUCUCGGAAAUAUCGGACCAGUCCGCCAACGUGGCCGUUCCAGUGACGUCGUGGGCCAUGGCGGCAAAGAAGGGAGCAGCAGUCAAGGCACCGCCUAAACAAGUCGUCAGUGAGAAAGAGCAGCUGCCAGCCGAUGGCAUACGUCGCAACAGGAAAGGCCAACGCAUCGAUCCGCCCACACCAGAGUUCAAGAAAGACGAGGUGAAUCGGGUGAAGAAGCUGAAGCUAUGCAACGCACACCACCUUCGUCGCAACUGUCAAUACGCAGAUGGCAAGUGCGAGCACGAUCAUUCGUACAAAUGCAACCCCAAAGAGCUGGAGACAUUGAAGCUUGUGGCACGUAUGUCCGCCUGCAUCCAUGGUAGCGAAUGUUCGGAUGCGGGAUGCAUUUAUGGACAUCGCUGUCCCUUCCCUGGAAGCAAACAAGGCGGCUCCAAGGAAAAGCCAUGCAUUAACGGCGCGGAGUGCAGAUUCCCAGCAGAGAUGCAUAACAUGGACACAACCGCUGUCCGUCGUUUGAAAAUCACCUAG